UUUAGCAUUAGUUUAUUUUUCAUUGAAUGAGAAAAAGUUAAAAAAAUGUGCUGAGCCUGUGGAGAUUCUUAAUUUUUGUUCGAAAAAUUGAACAAAGAAUAUUUUUAUCCAACUUUUCUAACGAAUCUGGCUCUUCCAUCAAAGAGAAUCCAGUGUUUUCAUGUGUUCCAGUUCUGGCAAAUAGCACAAACCAGUUUUAAGGCUGACUCAAAUGGAUUUACAUUUCUUUCAUGACUGGAAACCUUUCAGGAACGCAGCAAACUAGAGAAGAAGAAUCAAGAAGCACAGUCAUGGAUGAAUGCUGCGGAUCAGAUCUGCACCUGCAGUUGUGCAGUCUACCUGACAGUAUAUUGCUGGAAAUCUUUUCCUACCUGCCAGUUCAGUCACUUGGGCGGAUUGCUUGUGUCUGCUCCCACUUCAGCAAAAUUGUCAGAGAUAAACUGCUGUGGAAGGAUAUAUUUCACAGACGUUUUAGAGUACCUCGGUCAAGAUCUAUCCGGCCUGGAGCUGAAUCAUGGCAGGAGGAGUGCCAGAGGCUUAUUGAUCAAACACCCAAAGUAUUAUGUGAGGAACUAACAAAGCACAAGGAUCAAGUUUUGCAUAUUAGUUUUUCUCACAAUGGCCUUAUGUUUGCCACAAGUUCCAAAGAUGGCAAAAUUAUGGUGUGGAAUGUGGACAGAAACUGCUCACUUCGUUUUGCUUACAACAUGACCAAAGAAUUUAGUUGGAGAUACACACAGUUUUCUCAGUUCAACAGGACUGACACUCUUCUACUGGUGUCUGGUGUGCAUUAUGGCAAUGCAAACACAUCUGGCGAAAUUGCAGUAUUUGACUUGCAGGAAUUCGAGCCUCAGUGCCGUGUAGUGAACAAACCAUAUGAUGUGUUUGGAACAUGGUAUGACAACAGCCACCUACUUUCUGGAAGUCUGUACUGGACAGGUCAUCUGAACUCUGUCUCAGCCUUAUGGCUGAACAAAGCUAAUCAAGCACUAGAAUGUGAGAGAGAAUCGGUCACGAUGUGCCUGUACCGGUUCCAGAAUGUUAAUGCCAGCUCUAUCCGCACUAUCAUGGUGGCUGAGUGCCCUUCAGAGAAUGAAAGCAGCAUGCUAGCUCAGCUUUCUCCUUGGACCUGUGUUGCAUGCAGCCAGGAACACUUGGAGGGAGCCUCAAAAGAAUUGUCAACAAAUGUUAAUCAGGACUGUAGCAACAACAAUGCCACCCAAGAAGUCUGCUCACAAGAUGACCUCCACUUUCUGAGCAGUCUGAGGGAAGGAGACGAAAGUUUCAAGACUGGGCCACUCAGAAAAAGGAUGCUACACCAUGAGCAGUGGUCAAGCACAGAUAUAGGGCUUAAGGAUGGACCUGACCACAGUGUGGAUGAAGACAGUGACUUCCUACUUAAGAGCGAAGACACUCUGAUUCGUGAGUGGGAAAAGAUAGAGAUGGACAGCUCUGUCGAAGAGAGCCAAUAUGUCUUCCCUCACAAAAGUUCUAGGGCAGGUGAUGUGUAUUUAGAUGUGAAGGAUGACUUUUUCAAUGAAAGUGAAUCUCUCGAACUGGAGGAUGCAGACUACCUGACCAAAAUGGUCAACGAUGUGCAUCUCCCAUCACAUUAUCCUUCUGCUUGCUGUGACAUUUUGUUAUCUUUGCAUGGUGCAGGCUUAGAUGUUCAUGGUGCAGCAGCCCCUGGAUCUUCUCCUAGAAAUAAAUAUUGCUGCAGAGAUUCAAGACAAAGGAAAAAGUCUCAGGAUUACCAUCCACAGAUUGCUGAGACAACAGAGCUUUCGCCUUUAGCGUCAUUAGCGGCACCACUCUCUGAGGCAGGUACAGUGUCCUCAGAUAACCAUGCUGGAAGAAUUCAUGCAUACACUGGAUCAGAGAAGACAGUGUCUCCAGCACUGAGAGACAAGCUUCUAAUAUUUACAAUGGGGGAGGAGACUUACACUCCCCACCUUAUUGGCAUCAAGAGAAUUCGUGUGGAGGACGUCAUUGGGUUCAAAAACUCCAGGGAAAAUCUGAUUAGUCCUGAUGGGGAAGUGAGAUUGCUGCCUGAUGUAGACCAGAACUUGCAAGGAAUGGACAGGCCAAAGGAUAAUGUGGACCAUGUUAUUAAUAUGCAUGGCCAUAUUGUGGGCAUGGCAUUGUCUCCUGACCACAGGUAUUUGUACGUCAACAGUCGGCAGUGGCCACAGAACUACUCCAUAGAGAAGGUGCUGGAACCUCCCCCCAUAGCGCAGGAGAUUGAUAUCCAUGUCAUUGACCUUCUUACCCUAAAAGAAGUGGGCACCAUCAUGAGAUCACACAAAGCAUUUACACCCAAUGAUGAAUGUUUCUUCCUCUUUCUUGAUGUCAGUGAGCAUUAUGUGGCAAGUGGUGCUGAAGAUAAGCAUGGCUACAUAUGGGAUCGGCAUUAUGGAAUAUGCCUUAAUCGUUUCCCACAUACUGAUGUCGUCAACAGUGUAGCCUUUAAUCCUCAGGAUCAGGAAAUGCUAGUUACCGUCAGUGAUGACUUUAAGAUCAAAGUCUGGCGAUCGUCUCGCAAGAUGAGGGAGAUGGGGCUGCAACCGCUUAACACCAUGCCCUUGGGAAAGAAAUAAAAUUGCUGAAAACAACAUGAAGCAGAUUCAUUCAUGCAGUAGGCUUCUGCUAGACUAUUUUUCUAUUUUUCGGCAAUAUCAUGUGAUUGCAGUUUUCAAGAAGGCAUUUAAGUUUGGAUUGUGCAGCAACCAAAAUAAUUUUAGCACAUGCACUGCAUGUUGUGAUGACUAUAAAGCUAUAACAGUCUGAAAUGUCUCUUUGAUCAUUUACACAUUAGGAGGGAAAAAAAAUGUGUCAUUGCAUGCAACACAGCUUAGUUGGCUUUCCAUAAAGUUGUACAAAAAUGUAAAUAGAUUGACCUGCAACACGAGAAAUUUUUUUUUGACACUAAAGCUAUUGGUCUAUGAAAGGUAGGUAGCCCUACCUAGCUUUAGUUGAACUAUUUCUAAAAUUGAAUGAAAUCCCUUUACAUAAUGGUGUCAAGAUCAUCUUACAUUUAUUAGAAUACAGCAAGUAGGUAAGAAUAAUGGUGCAGGGAGUAGAACUUUAUUUUUAUAACUUUAUAAUCCUGACAGCUUGAAGUGGUAAAUAACAGUGAAAUAAUGAAAUGAAGUUCAGCUUGUAUUUUUGACUGCAAAUAAUGACUUUGAACAUUUGAGAAAUUGAACAUUUCAGGGGUUUGCACUGCCUGCUGAGCUAAAGAGAUAUAUAGUUGUUUUUUUAAUAGUUUGAGAGCCUAUUUGAAAUAUCUUGAAGUAGUUCAAUGAACUGUAUGGAAAAGAGUUUCAACUUCUUUUUGAAUCUACAAGACUUGUAAUUAUCAGUCUGCUACUUUUUACUUUAAUUAUGAGCGUUUAGUUUUUUUUUUAACUUGCCAUAUAGAGCUUAUUUGUUACAUUUUUUCCAAAAUAUUAAUAUUUUUAUGUUUUCACUGUGUUAAGGAUGGUGUGGUCAUGGAUUUGAAAAAUAUGUUAACAGGCAAAUGGUGAUAUAAGCAAAUCAAAGACAAUAUUUGUGCAACAUCCAUUUAAUAUGCAAUUUUAGUUUUAAAAUGAGGCAAAAGUCUAUUGUUUGCCAAUAAAAUCUUAGCAAAGUAGUGGUGGUCCCAUAUUUUUCCACCAUCUUUCUGGGAUUUCACUCACAGACUUUUAUCAAGACAUUGAUACACUUCAGAAAACCACAUUUAAAGAAAUGUUAACAUACACAAUUUUGUAAUGUUUAUAUGUGCAUGUUUGUUUAUAAUUAUUUACAUAUAAGUAAAAUCUGUCAAACAGCUUUUAUCCAUUCAUUAUUAAGCAUUAUGCACUAGCUUUAGCUGCUUGUUGCAUACUGCAUUUCUGACAAUGCAAAAGUAAUAAAAAUAAAUUGCUGCAGUGUUUAACAAUUUGUUUUUAGCUCUCAGAAACUAUCAUCGAAAAUAGUAAAAUUGCUUGAUCAUUUGUUGCUUCUAAUUCAAGUGUUUUAUUGUCUUGAUGCAUUAAAUACAGUUAAAGACAAGUUGAAUUGUUCCACCACGUGUUUGUGAAAUAAAUCCUGUUUGUGACCUGCUGUACACAUACAGUCAGGAUUACAUAUUUUUUCUUGUUUGAAUAACUAUAGGUUUUUUGUAAGCUAUUAUUUAUUACCAUUCUGUUCAAAGUAUUGUGUCUUUGUUAUCUGUAGGUCUCUUAAGAUAUCUUUGUUUAUUCUCUCUUGCCCCCAGUAAUCAGCAAGAUCUCUCUUAUUUGUAGACAUGGGGGACAUCAAAGAGCUUUUCUAAGAUUUUGUUAGAUUAAAAUUGUUUCUUUUCAGUAACAGCAAGGACAUGUUAGGAAUAUUAGUUCGUGGUAACAGUGAUUGAUUAAAUAUAUAUGCAUUUUUUUUUUUGAAGAAUGCUGUUUUUUAAUGCUUAAGUGGUUUUAUUUAUUACAAAAUUUUAACAUUUUUAUGUGAAGUGUAUAUUUAGGUCCGGCUAGUGAGAAAGAGCAUACACUGUCUCAUUUUUCUCAGACAGUAAGAGUGAAAUUUAGUGUGUCUGCAGGUUCAAGUACCUGGAUACCAAGUAAAGUGUGAUGCUAUUAACUCUCCUAGUCAUGAAUUCACAGUACAAACGUGUCUUUGUAUAAUCGUGAGAUCUGGGGCUUCUUACCUGUUAAACUCUUGUUACUUUUGUCUGAAUAUUGCGUGGAGCUAGUGAAUGCAGGAAAAUUAGAAAGAUUUUCAGACAUGAACAGACCACAUAUGUGAUUACCCGCUCUCCCAAAACGGAAAUAUUUACAAUUUACUCCAAAGGUUGUGUGAGAGAGAUUGUCAUCAAAUUUUGUGUAUGUCACCUAACAAUGAAAUAAACAUCGUGA